AUGGAAACUGUUAGUAAUGAACCACAGCCUUCGACAUCGUCCACUCCUCCGCCAACAAUAUUGUCUAAUCCACAACCUUCAACACCGUUAGAUCCGCAGCCAUCAUCAUAUGAUGCACAGAUAUCAACAUCAGUUGAUCCACACGAAUGUUUUUCCCCCGAAAUCGUGCGACCACUACCUAAAGCCGGACCACGAAAGUCAACUAUUAAUAGGAAGCGCCGAAAAACUGCUAUUUUGACGGAUAAAUCAGAAAAAGAAAAUCUACGUAAAGAACAAGAAACCUUGAGUAAGAAAAAGGCUAAAGGUGUAAACAAGAAAAGCAAAGCAGCUAAAAGAGUUGAGAAAGUAAAAAAAGCUAUUUUACAAGAGGUUAAUAGUGAUUCCAGCUCUGACGAUGAAUGCUUCUGUUUGAUUUGCUGCGAGAAGUACAGUGACAGUGUUCCAGGCGAAGGUAUCUUGCCAGACAGAGCAAACCGGGUUGAAGAUAUAUAUCUACGCUAUUAUAACGGGAGCUCCGCCGACGUGUACGUUGAUAUUCCACUAAGGAAAGCUAUCGACCUAUUCGACGUCAAAGGUUUUAACAAAAGUAAUGCCACUGUUCUGUACAUCCAUGGCUUCAUCGAGACGGCGCAACAAGAGAGUAUCCAGGUCAUGGUCAACGCAUAUCUGGAGGCGAGACCGAACACUAAUGUCGUGCUCUUAGACUGGUCGAAUAUGGCGCAUGGCUCGUAUUUAGUGAACGCAGCUCGAAACACAAAAAAGGUGGGUGCAACUACAGCUGAAUACCUCCACCAAUUAAUAGAAGGUGGCUUGAAUUUAGAUAAGUUACAUUUAAUAGGACACUCACUGGGUAGCCACGUCGCGGGGUACACGGCGCGAGAACUUCGAAACAAAUACAACAAAAUCGUUAAAAGACUUACAGCGCUCGACCCAGCCUUCCCAGCCUUCUACCCAGAUGGCGUGGUUAUGGAACAUAUAAACGAGAAUGAUGCCGAGUUCGUGGAUAUCAUACAUACUGACGCCGGAGGAUACGGCGCUCCGGUGCGUACUGGCUCUGCAGACUUCUGGCCUAAUGGUGGCAAAAGAAUACAACCCGGGUGUCCACGAUUUGCACCAAUACCUCUUACCGAUGACAACUUCUGCAGCCAUUGGCGUUCAUGGAUAUUUUAUGCUGAGUCCGUAAGAAAUCCUGAGGCGUUUCCAGCAUCCCCUGCGGAAUCUUACCAGAAAUUCAAGGAAAAUCCUAAACCUGAAACGGGCAUGGUCUACAUGGGUGCGGACUGUGAUCCCAGGGCCAGAGGUUCUUACUACCUUACAACAAAUGCUGCAACACCCUUCGGCAAAGGAAUGGACGGCUUAUACCCAAAACGGAAAAACAACAAGAAAAAAUAA